AUAUAUUAUGUGUGCAGAGAAUUGUUAUAAUUAUGUAUAGGUGAGAUGAGAGGGAAGGAGGAGAGAGAAAAUAUGAGAAGUGAUGAUGGGUACCUUCCUCUGUUUGAGACAAGGAGAGAGAGAGUAAGGGUGAUGGCAUACAGGGUGUUUGCAACAACAGUGUUUGUGGGAAUAGCUUUGAUUUGGGUAUACAGAGGGAGUCACAUACCAGGAGCAGGGGAGGAUGGGAGGUUGGGUUGGAUUGGGAUGUUUGGUGCUGAGCUCUGGUUCGGUCUCUAUUGGGUCCUCACUCAAUCACUUCGGUGGAACCGAACCUUUCGUUUCACCUUCAAGGACAGGCUCUCAAAGAGGUACGAGAAUGAAUUGCCAAAAGUAGAUAUAUUCGUGUGCACCGCAGACCCAUCAAUAGAGCCGCCGAUGAUGGUGAUCAACACAGUCUUGUCAGUGAUGGCUUACGAUUACCCACCGGAGAAGAUGAGUGUGUAUCUCUCCGACGACGGUGGGUCAGAUCUGACAUACUAUGCUCUCUUGGAAGCCUCUUUUUUCUCUAAGCAUUGGAUUCCUUAUUGCAAGAAAUUCAAGGUGGAGCCUCGGUCUCCGGCGGCUUAUUUUCUCUCCCAUCAUCAUCAUCAGUCUGAUGAGUCUCAAGACUUGGCCUCUAUCAAGAAAUUAUAUGAAGACAUGGAGGACCGGAUAACCAAUGCAGUCAAGCUUGAACGAAUCCCAGAAAAUAUCCGCUUAAAACAUAAAGGAUUUUCUCAAUGGAAUUCAUUUUCAUCUCGAAAAGACCAUGACACCAUCAUCCAAAUACUAAUUGGUGGGAGAGACAUGGCAGCCAAGGAUGUAGAAGGGUGUACAUUGCCAACUUUGGUAUACUUGGCCAGGGAGAAAAGACCACAACAUCCCCAUAACUUCAAAGCUGGAGCCAUGAAUGCAUUGAUAAGGGUGUCAUCAGAAAUUAGCAAGGGGCAAAUAAUUCUAAAUGUGGAUUGCGACAUGUACUCAAACAAUUCACAUUCAGUGAGAGAUGCACUUUGCUUCUUCAUGGAUGAAGAAAAGGGCCAUGAAAUUGCCUUUGUCCAGUUUCCACAGAACUUUGACAAUGUUACAAAGAAUGAAAUAUACGCUAGUUCAUUCAGAGUAAUGAGUGACGUGGAGUUCCCCGGUUUGGAUGGUCAUGGCGGUCCUUUGUAUAUUGGAACUGGCUGCUUUCACAGGAGGGAUAUCCUAUGUGGUGCUAAGUUCAGCAAGGAAAGUAGGAUUCAAUGGAGGAGAGAGAAUGUUGGAAAUGUAGAAGAAAGUGUAGGUGAAUUGGAAGAAAGAGUGAAAGGUCUUGCAAGCUGUGGAUUUGAAGAUAACACGCAAUGGGGAAGGGAGAUGGGAUUGAAAUAUGGUUGUCCAGUGGAAGAUGUGAUAACAGGGUUAUCAAUUCAAUGCAAGGGAUGGAAAUCAAUAUUUUACAAUCCAGCAAGAAAGGGCUUCUUGGGUGUUGCCCCAACCUCACUGGAUCAAACCCUUGUGCAGCACAAGAGAUGGUCUGAAGGUGAUCUUCAAAUUUUGCUCUCCAAGUACAGUCCUGCAUGGUAUGGACUUGGAAAGCUUAGCCCUUGUCUUCAAAUGGGGUACAUUACCUAUUGUCUUUGGGCUCCAAAUUGCUUUGCAACAUUGUAUUACUCUUUUGUCCCUUCUCUUUACCUCCUCAGAGGUAUACCCUUGUUUCCGCAGGUCUCAAACCCUUGGUUUAUUCCAUUCGCAUAUGUAAUAAUCGCCCAGUACACACACAGCCUAGUCGAGUUCUUGCAGUGCAGUGGCACAGUCCUAGGUUGGUGGAACAACCAACGCAUUUGGCUCUACAAGAGAACAACCUCCUACCUCUUCGCCUUCCUUGACACCAUGUUGUUGCUAGCCGGGUUUUCAGAGACAACAUUCAUAGUCACAAACAAGGUGUCAGACCCUGACGUGUCACAAAGAUAUGAGCAAGAGUUGAUGGAGUUUGGCAGUGCUGCACCCAUGUUUUCCAUACUUGCAACGCUCGCAAUGCUUAAUUUGAUAAUUUUUGUUGUUUCGGUGGUGAAGAGAUCGGUGUUUGGGAUUAUGGAUAUGCAGAUUGUUUUGUGUGGUGUUCUGGUUUUGAUCAAUUUGCCAGUGUACAAAGCUCUGUUCUUGAGGAAGGACAAGGGUAAGUUGCCGAGCUCAGUUGCAGCUAAAUCUGUGUUGUUAGGUUUGUUUGUUUGUACUUGUUUUGUGUUCUUGUUUUAGAUUUGGUUUGGAGUUUCAUAUGUAUUACUUUGUGAUUUUCGUUGAACUCAACAAUAAUAAGUUCAAGCAAGUGUCAGAAUCUCGUGGCGUAGCUAGAAAUUUUGUUCACUGAGUCAUUCAACAAACUUUCAUCUGAUGUAUCAAAAUUAACCUUAAUGAACAUUGUAGUAUCAUCUAUUUUAAGCAAA